AUGAGUGCACGUCGCAGUCGUUCCAAGACGCUUACGUUCGUGGAUGAUGUUAACAACAACAACAACAGCGCCGGUGUGGCGGAGGGCGCUGCUGGUAGUGAGCCGAAGAUGGUCAAUUCCAACGGCAGCCCAGUGGAGAUGAGCCCGGCGAACAAGUCGCUGUACCUGAGCGUCGCCACCUCCCGCGCCUUUCCGUACGUUGCACGCUGGCUGCGCGAGAAGUCGACUGAGAUGCGGGGGACGGCCGCCGCGCUGCAGCAGGAGUGUGACAGCGCGCUGCGGCGCGAGCUGGAGCAGCUGCACAAAACAGUUGUCGACGCGCGCGCCACGACUGAGCAGGAGCGGGCGAAGAUGCUGCUGCGGCUGCAGGAGCUGCACGCGGUGCGGCGCCACCAGACGUCUGCGGGGGAGGCGUGGCUCGCCGG